GCCAUUGCGGAUUGCCUUUGUUUGGAUUGUCCUCCAAUUGUAACUAACCACAUGUUCGUCAGAGUUUAACAUGCAACGGUUUAUUUCUGAAUAAAAAUAUUGUUAUUUGGAUUAAUUGUAAACAGUAUAAUAAAUAAUGAUAUUUUAUUCCCAACGCAAUGUAAACUGCAGGUCUGAAUGUGCAGGUUAUAGCUGUUUGUGAAUAGUGGCCUUGUCAGGACUAUUAUUUUGUCAUAGUUUGUGAGUAUACUAGCUGGCGAGUUUUUAAGUGUCAUAAUUGAUAAGAUAAUAGAUGAGGACAGCAAUGAGUAUUGCUUCUCACAUACUAUCAUUGUACAAUCUUUGUGAGCUUGUUUAUCAUUGCUCUACUAUGAGUAGCACCCUUCAGCUCUCGAGAGGGAGAAAAGAGAAAUAGGAUUAAAACAAUGCUGUAUGAAUUACCUGGAUUACCUAGGAAUGAGAAAAAUGAUAAGGAUGCCUUGUGCAGUAUGCCUUCCUAACAAUCAUUUACUAGCGGAGUCUAGACAACAUUGAAACCACCUCUUACAACUGAGAUUCCUGGGAUUGAACUUAAACCAAGUGGCAUCAUUCCCAAUUGCGUAGUGCAUGUGGAGUAAUGGAAAAAUGGACUUUUUCGCCAAACAAUGCUGUACUUAAGAACAAUACUCCUUAACAAGUUGGAUUCCUUUUUCGUAAACAGAAGUUGUGAUGCAACAGGUUUUUUAACAGAUUCAUAAGUGGAUUCUGUUUGUUUUCUUAGGGUAUUAUGUUUUGAAUGUGACACGUAGCAUUAUUGAGAGUCAUAAGUAAAUGAUAUCUUGUCCACUUGUUUGUUGACGAGACGUUCUCAUAAUCACCAUGCAGAAAGUGUUACCUGUGAAGCAGGCUUUGGUAAGCGCCAACACAGAAAUUAUUCGAGAAGAGGAAUAUGCCGGGACGUCAACAAGCCUGUAUGCAGAGUCCGUCCCUGCAUGCAAGAAAUGCCUUCAAGAACGUACAGGUAGUCGUCACUAUAAAAACACCAACAUGAAUAAUAAUAAAAAAGGGAAGCGAAAACAGAACCGAGCAAAUACUCCCAUAGUAAUUCAGCUGAAAGAUACUCUUAAAGCAGCCAUUCAGCAAAAACAGAAAAGUCGUAGAAAUUUGCUUCAAAAGCAAGAAUCAAGUGAGAUUAGGGAAGACAUUGACAUUGAAACUGAUAACAGCUCUGAUCGUAGUGAGGUGACCUAUAAUCACAACAGGAAAAAUAACAGGCGCAAAAAUUCCAAAAACUUUAAUAGUGCCUUUAUCAAUGUUGUUGAAAAGCAACACAGGAAAAGUUAUACUCCUUACAAUGUGCAUACUAACUAUUGUUUCCAAAAUCCAUGUAAUGAAAAACUAGUUGCAGAGUAUGUACUAAACAAUGUGAGUGAAGCUCAUAUACCACACAAAGUUUUUCACAAGAAAAACAUAGAGGAGUGUGAGAAUGUGGAUGUCAUAUGUAAUGACCUAACUAGUGUAGAAUCCACACAGGAGGAUACAGAGGAGAGCGAGAUUUCGUCAACCACAUCCAGCUCAGAAAUCCAGUCUGAUUCUGACAUUUCUACUGCCCAGGAGGGGAGAGAAGCUCCGGUGGCAAGCCAGGAAUUUACACCGGAGGAGCUUCAACAGCUUGCUGAGUACACAACAGGUUACCCGCUUGUCCGGUAUGAAUGCCCACCGGACAGCUGUCCCCAGUGUCAGUGGUACAGUAGUUACGCCUACAGUGAUUCCAGGGCUGCUACGGGCUAUGAGCCCUACACUGCUCAAUCCAAGCCUCUGCAUCGAACUGGGAGGAGAAAUAAAUCCAAGAAGUUUGCUCAACAACACCAGAAGGUGCCUUUGCACAAAGUGACAGCUACUGUUGAAAUUGACAACAUAUCAAACACGGAGAGUGAUUAUGAUGUAAGUGAGGUGACAGACUCAGUCUCGGAGACCUCAGUUGAUACCGACAGUCACUGUGACAAUGCCUCUCCAGUUUUCAAAGGGAAAUCGUUCCGCUGGGGGGAGAAAAGGACCAAGACAUCUCACAAACAGCUGCUUGAUAUUGACAUUGCAGGCAAGAACAGGAAAUCUCAUUACACCAAUGUUCAAAGUGACUUCUGUUUGGACUCAGUGUUUAUAGACCUUACAGAUACAGAUGUUACAUUUAGUGUUUAUUACCACCACAACUUUACAGACAUUCAGUCCCCUUAUUCAUCAAGCUUGGCAACAACGCGUACAACAUCAGAGUCGGUAAUUGGUAGCCAUCAUCAUGACUACAUGCCAUGUUAUUCAGUACCGUACUACCAACAGUACAUGUACUGGUCUCCGUAUUACACACCUAUGUACACGGUGCCGAUGCCAUUUUGUCUUGAACCAGAGGAUAAUCUACCAAAGACAGCAAUGGUCCCCCCAGAUUACCUCCCCACAUUCUCAUCAACGCAGCCUCCACAGCGACAAUGGAUCCCCCUGGCACGGCCGGAGGCUGGCAGACCCGCAGCGAUCUUCACUGUGAUGUGUUACAAUGUCCUGUGUGACAAGUACUGUACACGGCAGCAAUAUGGCUACUGCCCGUCAUGGGGCCUGAACUGGGAGUACCGCAAGAAGGGCAUAAUGGACGAGAUUCGCACUUGUGCUGCCGACAUCAUUGGCCUUCAGGAGGUGGAGACAGACCAGUUCUACAAUUUCUUCAAGCCAGAGCUUGAGCGUGAUGGGUACCAGGGAAUCUUCUCGCCCAAAUCACGCGCCCGCACUAUGACUGAGCAGGAGAGGAAACACGUCGACGGCUGUGCCAUCUUCUUUAGAACGUCCAAGUUUACCCUCUUGAAGGAGCAUUUGAUUGAGUUCAACCAGCUGGCAAUGGCCAAUGCAGAGGGUUCAGAUGAGAUGUUGAAUCGGGUCAUGACCAAGGACAACAUCGGCCUCGCUGCCCUGCUCCAGACACGCGAGGGAGUCUUCGACAGCAGUGGUGGUUUGCCACCGGAGGGGAAGAUAAACCAGCGUCUGCUGAUCACAACGGCCCACAUGCACUGGGACCCAGAGUUCUCGGACGUGAAGCUCAUCCAGACCAUGAUGCUCAUGUCUGAGCUGAAGAAGGUCGUAGAGGAGAGUAACGCAUCCAUCCAGUCCACUGAGCAAGGCGACUGUAAUUCCAUUCCUAUCAUCCUCUGUGGUGAUCUCAACUCCCUUCCUGAGUCAGGUGUGAUAGAGUACCUGCAGACAGGGAAGGUUCCUAGCAACCACAUUGACUUCAAGGAGCUUGGUUACGAGGCCAGUCUCCAGGCCUUCAACUGUCACGACACAUCCACACAUCUUACACAUAUGUUCCGCCUUGCUAAGGCAUACGAGGACAACAUAAUGAAAUACACUAAUUACACGUUUGAGUUUAAGGGUAUUAUCGACUACAUCUUCUACUCUCGCAAAUACAUGAACCUGCUUGGUGUACUUGGGCCUAUGGAUGAGAACUGGUUUAUUGAGAACAAGGUUGUUGGCUGCCCACACCCGCAUAUCCCCUCGGAUCAUUUCUCGCUGUUUGUCGAGUUUGAGAUGCCUGUGCCGUACCCAGACAUCAAUACCAUUCUCAAGGAAGAUUCUCACAAGCCAAGCUCCCUCGGUGCAAUUGGCAGUGGCGUCCACAGGGAAAAUAAAAACAGAUAGCUCCUCCGCUGUGUCCUUCAAUGCCCUUAUUCAUUAUUGGAAUGUGUACUGGUCUCUGCCAUUGAGAAGGGAAAUUCAUUCACCAGGUGUUGAUGCUCCUGUCACUUUCAGGUCUUUCAUUUUUUGUCAUUUUUUUUCAAAAGUAUCAAUAAGAAAUCAACAAUCUUGUUUUGAAGAAAAGGUUAAAAAGUUAUUUUUAGAAAUGAAGUGUAAAAGGAUUUAAGCAUUAAAACAUGGUUUUAUAAAUUAUGUUGUACAGAUCUUGUUUUCAUGUAUUUGAGAAAGUGUAGAUUUGCUCAAAAAUGUUGUUCAGGUCAACUAUUUGAUGUUGUAUUUUUACCAGCCAACAAAUGACACAAGUCGUUGAAAAUAUAAAAGACAAUGUUUUAUCAGAAUUAACCUUAAUAUAAGAACCUAAGCAACCCUAAAUACGAUUAAUCUUACCGAAGGACCAUACUUUGUCAGUGCAACACCAUAUAUUUUAAGAUGUCUUUGAGCAUUAUUGAUUAUAUAACUAUACAAACUAAGCAAUCAUAAUAUCCAGACUUAGACAAGGGUGUAAUCCACUGAUUAUAAUGUUGUAAUUCCAGGUUGGCAUAAUGUCCAGUCUACUGACAUGUUCUAGGGCAUUAGUCCAAACAUUUAGUACCAGUAUAAAUACAGAUAAUGAUCAAUUCUCUCCGGUGACCAGUAUUAAUGAUCCCAUUGUUCUUAUAUAUCUUCAACUAUGAUUUAUUUGGUGCUUUGCCAUUUCUCCUCAACACUGUUGUUUAGAUAUGAUAUUUAAGGUCAGAACUGGCUGUCUUCUCUGUGUUUCCAAGCUUUUAAGGGGCGGGAGGGGGGGGGGGGGGGGGGGCAGCAUUGUAAUAUAAAGUUUUUAAUGUUAUUGUUUAGCUGCACUAUCUGCUAUCCUUUGGGAAAAAAGAAGUUAUUAUUCAAUUAUGGUUUGAGAUACUCUUGAUAAAGCAACAGCUUUUAAAUUCUAUAGGAUGUGUCAGCUUUUAAAAGGAAACUCAACUUUGUAACUUCAUAGAACUAAAACCGUUUGUAAAUUUGUUUCUCUUUAGGUAUUAGACAAACAAUCAUAAUUUUUCCCAUAAUUUUAGAAAUGUCAAACAGUGUUAUUGAGUAACAACAGGUUUACCGAAGCUAGUUAUUCAAGCUAGUUAUUCAACGUUACUGUAAUUAUUGAUUCCUUUAUCAGGGCAUCAAAUUCCUGUGUGCCCUUCGAGGUCCUGCAUGUUGUGUUUAACACAUACCUUAUAAUACAAUGCAAGAUAUUGGUAGCCAUAAACAUCACAUCUCAUGUUUAAUGAUCACACAUAUGAUCAGUCACACGUUUACCCUGCAUUUGGUCCAUUGCGUUCACCUCUGCUGCAGCUAAGUUAAUAUCAGGGAAAAGUUGAGCUAUCUGUGUCUUAUCUGAGUCUCAUAUAAGGGUUUAUAAGUCCCACCCCCUCCAUCAGUGGCAUACAAGGGAACCAGUGACAUACAUAGGUGUAUGUACCCCCAUCCUCUCCAGUGGCAUACAGGGGUGUAUUUACCCUCACACCUCCAGCAGACACAAGGGUUUAUAAACCCCUACUCCAUCAGUCACUCACAAGGGUGUAUUAACCAACACCCCCUCAAUCAGUCACACACAAGGGUGUAUUAACCAACACCCCCUCAAUCAGUGACAUACAAGGGUGUUUUAAUUCCCACCCCCUUUAUCAGUGACAUACAAGGUUGUAUUUAUCCCUACAUAUUAAUUAGCCACAUAAAUGGGUUCUUUUCACCACAAUUUCUGCAAUAAGCAACAUACAAGGGUGAAUAUACCCUUACUCCCUGCCCCAUUCGGCCUUACACCGUCCACACACCCUCCAGCUACCCAUUGUGUUAGAUUGACUGCUUUAUAUCACAACACUCGUAUCAUCACAUCUUUAAGUGGCUUUUUAUUGGUUCAUCAUCUUGCAUACAGAAUUUGCUUGGUUUAACAUUUUUGGCUAGAACAAGAACAAAUACAUACCCAUAUUAACAACUUUGAUUAAUCUAAUAAUAUGGCUCUUCUUAAUACCUUAUGGACUAGUCUUAAACAUGCUUCUAGGUUCUAAUCUUACCCUGGCAAGUAAUUCAUUAAAUGUGUUUAGUUGUCAUCAUUAUUGAAUUGAACAUGUUGUUUGUAAUGUAUACUCAGUAUAGAGAUGUAUUGUUUAUUAGUUGUUUAAUCUGAUAGGUGCCGUUUGAUGAAUUGCAUGCAGUAAAGGAAUAAUUGCCGUUCAGAGUUAUGCUUUCUUCAUUUUAAAGCAUCAUUACAGUAUUCCACAUGGGCAUUAAUUCACGUCUAGUACCAUUAAGCCAUUUCGAAAUUCCAUUCACAUUCAGGCAGUGUUGGACACUAACAUAUGUGGGGCAUAGCUAAAUUAUUGAGAAUAUCACAAGCAUACAUGUUCAAACUCUAGCUUUAUCAUAUGGAAUACUCCAUAAUUAUAGUCUUGUGAACACCCUGAUCUCAACAUUAUGUUGCUGUAUACCGCUGGAUCAGAAUCUUCCUUAGACAGCUGAGGGCUUUUUCUCAAUUUGUUGUCCAAAUCUUAAACUUGCACAAAAGAAAGUCUUUUCACUGACAUUAAAAAAACACAAUUUCUUGCAAAACAUCUGAUUGCAAGAUUGCAUCCAAUAUGGCUGCCAUUUACAUAGAAAGUAUUGUUAGAAGUGGAUUUUCUGUUUUGUCAGUCAAUAUACUUUGCUGAAAGUUUUAAGUUUGGAAAAAUGUUGGAUUUAAUGGAUCUUUGCUGUUGAGCUUUAACAUGUUGCUUGUAUAUAACAAAACGAUCUGACCCCUUAGAAUGGAGAGUGGUGCCUUGUGGGUGCAUGUACAUUUGCUUUUCUCUAGUAAAUAAAGAAUUCAACUGAAUUUCAUGUAGUUGCUUUGCCUUUUGCAUAAUUCCAAAAUAAAGAAUUAGAGGUGAAACAUUACAUUUGUACAGUUCAUAUUUUUUAAUAUUUUUUUUCAAGUUUGUAUAUUAUACUGGUACAUGUAUAUGAAUGGUUUUCAGUAACUUAUUUUAUGGUAUUUUAACUGUUUUUUAUUCAAUCUUUUAAUUCCUCUUAUGUACUGAAAUGUGCUGACAAUUUUAUUAAACAUGUAGACACAACGACAAAACAUUUACAUUAUUGACAACUAAAACCCUGUCUAGAUCUCUUCAUAAAUGAAGUAUCAACACAUAUGAUGGCAUUUCUGGUUAAAACAUAUUUCUCUCCAAAAAUAGCCAUAAAUGAAAUUGCGUUAAUCCCUGCAGAUAACUUACUCUUAUUUCUUACAUACAUGGAUUGUCAGUAAGACCUAAAAUAUGAUGAGAUGUUUUUUGUCAGUUUUGAAAAUGAAUUGUACAGAUUAUGUAAUGUAGUGUAAAUGAUGCUUGCAUGUUUAAUUUUUGUAAUAUUGAUCAUUGUGAAAUGAAAAUGUCCUUUGUGACUUAAAUAAAAUAUUUGAUAAAAAAAACA